CAGUCAUCAUGACGAUAGCUUUGAUAGAGAUCGGUGUGUAUCCAAGUCAACAGAAGGGAUUCUGGUGCACAGACCCCAGCAUUUCGUACAAAUUUCGAGGCGACACCAUAACUCCUAUGAUGCUGGCCAUCCUGACACUGAUCACACCACUUGUGAUAAUGUUCUGCGUUGAGCACUGGGCCGUUAUAGGCAGUGGCAGCGCCUGGAAGCAUAUAAAGAUGGCCUCGAAACGUAUGAUGCGUUGGUACAAGGAAUACGUUACGGGAUUGUUUUUGGCCCUGUUCAUAAUCGAAGUCAUGAAAGCGAUCAUCGGAGAACCGAGACCGCAUUUUCUAGACUCGUGCAGGCCCGAACCAGGACUCAACUGUACGCAGAGGGUAUACAUAACAAAUUACAAAUGUACUAACACUGCCAUCACCACGUGGAACGUCAGAGAAUCGACGAGAUCAUUUCCAUCAGGUCAUUCCGGUUUGAGCUGCUACACAUCACUCUUUAUGGUGUUCUACUUGCAUUAUCGCGCUCGUCAAUAUCUGGGAUCCCGUUUUGCGACUCCCUUCGUACAGGCAUUGUACCUUUGCUAUGCGAUCGCUUGCAGCGUGACCCGCAUCACCGAUCACCGUCAUCACUGGUGGGACGUCAUCGUAGGAGCAGGAAUAGGAAUUGCUGGCGCAGUAUUUACAGUACAAUGCUUUUGCCAGUUUUUCAAGUCUCAAUGGUCGGAAUCUAAGGAACCUACUCCAGUGAAAUUCGGCACACUGGUCGGCUUGGACGGAAUAGCUUUGCCAACAUUACCAAACGGAAACGACAGAACACGACACCAGAGUGCGAGGCGGUUGCUUUCGGAUAUCAGCCAAACGGAAACCACUACAGUACCAGGCCAUCAGCUUGCCUAACGGUGUGAUAAUUUACGUGUGUUAAAUAUUGAGUUAGAAGCCAGAAAAAAACGUGUUUGCGAUAUUUUUCCUGCAAGAUAAACAGAUUUAAAGACAAUUUUAUGUGAUGCGAUCAUUGUGAAUUUAUAAUAAAAUUCAUAAAUUCUGACGAUUCGGGCAACUUUCGGAUCAAAGUGUGUGACUAGAUGUGCAAAGGAAGUGAUUUUUAUGGCUUUUAUUCCAUUUUAAUGUUUGGCCUUUUUUUAGCACUAAUCUUCUGUUUAGACUAUAACAUCAUUUAGUACAUUAAAUAAAUUGAAGAAUCAUAAUGCAAAGUUCAUGAUUACAUUAUAAAGUAGUUAAUAAUUGAAUUAAUAUAAUUUAUCACUUUUCUUAACAUUUUAAAAUAAGGCCAAGUUUUCUAAAUCUAACCAUGGUCAAUAAAA